AUGACUGUGGAGGUUCUUUCCAAGUUUCACAACUUAUUGCAAUCUCUGAAUGUCACCAUUCAGCUGGUUCGGAUAUUGCAACGCGCACACAGCGCUGUCGAAGCUUCUGCCAGACAACGUGGCAGCAUCGUUUCCAGACUCUCAGAACUCAGCUACGUCGAGGGCGUUCGCUUGGACGACAUGCUCGAGCUGGCGCUCGCAGCAUUGCAAGCAAUGGCCAAAGACCGCCGAGCAACCGAGGAAAUGAUCAAAGCUCCGGGCACUCUAACUCUUACAGUUCAGAAAACAGAUGGUUCUAAUUCUUCUGAGGAAGCUGACGAUUCGUAG